CAUGAGCUCGAAGCUCCCUGAGUUGGUAUUGAGACAUGAAUGCGCAUGAGAGGGAUCGGACAACGGAAGCAUGAGUAAUACGAGUGAAUACGGAGUACUUCUUGACCAAAAGGUGCAUCUCAUGCAUUUAACUACCUAACUACCUUAAGAUCAACCAAAAACCACACCGCCAUAUCCUAUCCGCCACCCAUCAGCAGCUUCCCAAGAAUAUCAGUCUUGGGCAAGGUACGGCACCAUCGUCCAGGCCCGGCAUCCGUCGAGACCUGAAUGCCUUGACCCUUUUGCGUCAGCUGAAUAGCAUUGGCGCCGUUGUUGUUCUGCUCAUUGCGAGGAUGACAGAGCCGAUGAUAUUCUCCAGUCUUCCGGUGUCCUUCUUCCACGCUCUCCUGGCGAUACCACUCGUUUUAGCCACAACAUGCCUGAUCACCUGGCUCAUCACCACAAUCAAUUUCUCCCGGAGCAUUGCAGAGUUCAAAUCGCGCGAAAAAACCAACCGGCCUUCAACACAAUCCGACCCCGUCCCGCCGCCUGUCUUACCUUAUACGGUCCCCUGGCUGGGCAGCGCCUUGACCUUUCUCAACGAAAAUCCAGGCUCAUUCUGGCGCAUGCUCCGAGCCAAGCUCGCCCACACAGGGACCAACGUACAGAUCUGCACGAUCUUGCUGGGUGGUAAGCGUGCACACGUCGUCAACUCGGCGGCCGCCGUGCAAGCGCUGUUCAAAAGUCGCCAUGUAUCGCGAGAUCUGUUCAAUCACCAGCUGGCAACGCAAGCGCUGGGCACGUCGAAAAGGGACGCAGAGAUCAUGUUCCCGCCUUCUUCUUCCGAGCAGGAACGGGAGCGUCGUCAGCAAGACAAGAAGGACAGUAUGGACGCGGUGAACCAUGAGUUCCUCCUGAAUCAGAGUGCUGUGAAUGCUCUUACUGGGAAAUUCAUAGAAUACUUUUGCAAGGCGCUUGAUGAAGCGGAUCUCGCCCAGGAGUGGAAGACGGUCGACUUACUUGCCUGGAUGAAGAAGAUUAUGUUCAACGCCUCGGUAGUGGCUGUGUUCGGUACGAUGAUCCUGGAGAUGAAUCCUGACCUUGCUGAGCAAUUCUGGGAAUACGAAUCCGGAUUCUUGCCACGAUUUUACGGUGUGCCCCGGUUCGUCAAGCCGAGUGCAUACGCUUGUAUGGACAAGUUGCUGGAUAGGACAGAAAUCUGGGUAGACUAUGUGCUUGCUGAGCACAAUGGAAGCCCUCCGGACGAGCCAGAGUGGGAGCCACUACUAGGGUCAAAGGUGGUAAGGGCGAGACAUCGCUUUUACGCGCGGGAAGGGUUGAGUACGAGAGGGAGAGCGGCGUUUGACCUCGGCUUUCUGUUUGGCCUGGCAGCAAACGUCGUACCAUCCACGAAUUGGCUGUUAGCGCACCUGCUUUCGCCCUCGACGCCUGAUGACGUACUGCGACGAGUCAAAACAGAGGUUGAACACGCAAGGCGACCAGGAAACGACGUCGUGGACAUGGCAGUGCUGAUGGUGCAGCCUCUAAUGAACUCGGUCUUCAAUGAGACCAUGAGACAUUACGUCGAUUCCCUUGUGACUCGUCAGUUGGAGACGGACCUGGUCGUUGAUGGCUACCUUUUGCGGAAGGGCGAUCUCGUCAUGGCGCCCAGUUCCCUGAGCCAGCAUGACACGGUGUUUUGGGAACAGGACUUCGAACCUUCCGCUGACACAUGGUACGCAGAGAGGUUCAUCAGGCACGAUGAAACCACGGGCAAGCAGGGCCUUAGCACUUCCUGGUGCGUGGGAAAGUUCUUUCCUUUUGGGGGAGGAAGUCAUGCCUGUCCUGGCCGAGUGUUUGCUAAGCAGAAAAUCCUGGGAGCAGUAGCGGCGUUCUUGCUACGGUUUGAUGUGGAAUUUGUGGAAUUCCUGGGUACAGACAAAAAGGGAAACGUAAUGGGCUUGGGCUCGGAAGCGUCUGCUUUUCCCAAAGUGAAGCAGCAGUAUGCCGGCAAUGGCACGUUGGCCAUGGAUGGAGACAUCCGCGUGCGAAUUAGAAGAGGGUGAUCUUCAUUGCUCACCGCCAGAAGGGUUUGGAGAUUCCAAACCAAUUCAGAGACCGUCAUGCAGCGCAGCAUUGUUCUGUCCGGCGUUUGUCAACCCUGGAGGACUGGCUCGACGACCAGGAUACCUUCUUUCUACCAGGUAUUCUCGAACGCUCGUUGCAACGGCUGUGACAGGAUACUGCUGCGCGGGAACAGCCUCAUCAAGAAGAAUUGAAGAUCGGUGGCUGGGAUGGUUGCAAGCGGACUAUUUUUGACGGUUGAUCUUCUACUGAUAGAGUGGUUGCCAGUCAUCUAAGUGAGUGGUGAAACAGGGAGGAAUCUCCUGAGGGACGAUCAUCCGACCGAAAAAGAAGGCCUGCCAAUCGCUGAUGGCGUCAUUGUGCCCCAAAGAUGUCAAGGCCAUCGCAAGGGUUGCUGGGGCCAUAGCGUGAGCUUUCCUGUGUUUACUGUAUAUCACAACUUGAUCACUUGGUGUUGUGGCGGUCUUUUGUGUGUAGAUGC